AUGGCCACCGUCCCCCUGGAGACCUUGGACAAGGAGGAACUCCUACAGGCGCAGGCGGAGCUGGAACAGUUCAGCAAGUACAUGGCCAACAGGAGCGAUCAGGCCCCGAGUCAGUCGUCGACGCCACUCACGGCAACGCCACCUCCCUCGGUCGCACCGGCUCCCCCACAGGAGGAAAUGGAUGUGGACAAGGACAAGCGCCACAGCAGCCAACAACGAGAACAAGAACAGCCUCCAGCAAAGUGGGCCAAGGGCGAGGCAAAAGGCGACAAGAACGAGCCAGCCGGCAACUUACGCCCCACCGGCAAAGGGACCUCAGAGGAUCCUUUGCUAAAUAAAGGCAGCAGCAGCUUUCUCGGGAAUGGGAGCCCCGGCUACACCACCGUCCCCUCCGAAGCUGGAGACGACCAACACCACGGCCUCGGCGGAGCCGGCAAGGGAGACGACGAUCGCUGGGGACGAGGAGGCAACGAUCGCAACUGGUACCAAAGCCGAUCCCAAGAUCGCAACCGCCGCGACAGGGACGAUGGACGCCAAAGUCGCCGGGACAGGGACCGCGACGAGGAGAUGGAAACUCUCCGCGAGAUGAUCCGCCACCUCGCUCGGCUGGCACUCAGGUUGGAGGACGCAAUGUCCAUUUGCAACUUGGACAACGAGUUCCUGAUGUUCUUCCAGACGAACUCCCAAUGGGCAGUGACCAGCCAGUUGUUCAAGGCGGCUACAGAAUGGAAGGAGCAGAAAGAAUCUGCUCCCCAAAGCCUCACGCAGCCGCUGCGAAGCGUUCUUUUCUAUUGCGUAUGGACCAGCCUGCUGGCGCAGCUUCGGCGCAUGGAGGACCCCCAGGAGGUGGAUUUCAUCAACGAGGUCAAAGCCCGAGGCCUCACGGAAGGCAACACAUGGGUAUUCUUGCGAUGGGACAGCAAGGAGAAAAAACACGUGAAGGAUGCCCAGGAGCCAUUGGACCAUGUCACGGCGGUUCAGUUGGUUCAGCAGAUCCUAGCCCUUUGCGCCUACCCGGACACCAUCGGCCGCUACCACUCCCUGCGACCUCUGACGUCAAGUCUUUCCUCGGAUGUGAUCCCCUUCAUGUUGGUAUUGCAAAACAGGACGCAGGAGAGUCACCAGAUGUACACCUGUGUCCGCCGAUUGUGCCGCAGCAGCUGCACCCACUUGGUGGGAAUGACGAUGAGGCCCAGCCGUCUGGGCAGAUCUCCCCUAGCCCAGCAGAUCGACAAGCUGCUACGCCACAUCUGA